CAAAAUAAAUAAACUAUACUAAAAAAACUUCAAACAUUCAGGCAUGUGAUUGAUUCUUUCAAUAUAUAUAUAAUGAAAUCCACAGUCAUCACACUCAUCAGUGUUGUGACAUAAUUAUUAAGCAUAGUAUAAAAUCAAGUUUGGCAUUUACUACUAAUUCAAGCCCACCAUCAACCCAACCACCUCUGCAGAUUUCUUACUCAAAUACAGAAACAAAAAGACUACUUUUUUAUCUUUGUGAGUUGGGUUUUCAAGCAAUUUCAAUGGCUUUCUAGAUCUUUCUUCCCAUCUUUUCAAAAGGGUAAGUGUCUUUUUUCCCAUUAAACCUCAAAAGCUUGUAACUUUGAACUUUGAAGCCAUUAAAAACAAGUUUUUUAGGUAUGGAGUUUGGGGUUUUGAGUUUCUUGCUAUUGUUGUUCUUAACCUUUUCUUUUUCAACUCACAAUGUUUUUUGCUCACUAAACUCUGAUGGGGUCACUUUACUUUCACUCAUGAAGGAAUGGGAUUAUGUUCCUUCUUCAUUAAAUUCAACAUGGAAUGAUUCUCAUUCCACUCCUUGUUCAUGGGUUGGUGUUCAAUGUGAUAAUACAAGAACUUAUGUUAAAUCCUUAAAUUUCUCUAAUUUUGGCAUUUCUGGCAAAAUUGGACCUCAAAUUGGGAACUUGAGCCAUUUACAAACUAUUGAUUUUAACUUAAAUAGCUUCUCUGGUUCAAUCCCCCAAGAAUUGGGUAACAUUCCUUUUCUUGAAACCCUAACUCUUGAGUCCAACUUACUCACUGGUGAAAUACCCAAAAACCUAAACAAGCUGAGAAAUUUAAGGUAUCUUAGCUUUUUUGAUAAUUCUCUGUUUGGUGAAAUACCUGAAUCAUUGUUUGAGAUACCAAGUUUGGAAGAAGUGUAUUUAAUGCAUAAUAAUUUGAAUGGUUCGAUUCCUUCAAAUGUUGGGAAUUUGACUAAUCUUGUUAAGCUUUAUUUGCAUAGUAACAAGUUAUCUGGUUCAAUCCCAUCUUCAAUUGGGAACUGUUUUAUGUUAAAGGAGCUUACUUUAAAUGAUAAUCAGUUAUUUGGGGUUUUACCAGAUAGUUUGGGAAACCUAAAAAGACUUGAAUAUUUACAUGUUGGGAUGAAUGGUCUUGUGGGUAGAAUUCCUUCUAGUUUGGGUAAUUGUAAGAGUUUGUCUUUUUUAGACAUUUCAUGGAAUAGUUUUAAUGGAAAUCUUCCUUCAAGUUUGGGAAAUUGUACUGAGUUAAAUGUCAUUGCUGCUACUCAUAGUAAUAUAGUGGGAACUAUUCCUUCUUCAUUAGGGAAACUUCAUAAGCUUAAUAAUCUCUUGCUUUCCGAAAACCAUUUUUCGGGGAAUAUACCACCCGAGCUUGGGAACCUUAGAGUGUUGACACUGUUAGAGUUGUACACAAACCAACUCGAGGGUGAAAUUCCCAACGAGUUAGGGUUGCUAACAGGGUUGCAGUAUCUCGGUUUGUUUGACAAUAGAUUAACCGGCGAAAUCCCACUUAGUGUAUGGAAGAUUCCUACACUUCAACAUGUCCUUGUUUAUAAUAACAGUCUUUCUGGGGAGUUGCCUUUGGAGAUUACUCAUCUGAAGCAACUCCAAAACUUGACAUUAUUCGACAACAAAUUCUCGGGAACCAUUCCUAGAGAGUUGGGGAUAAACAGCAGCUUAGUGUUAUUAGAUGUUACUAAUAAUGAUUUCAGUGGUGAAAUGCCCUCAAAUCUUUGCUAUGGGAAGAAAUUGAGGGUGUUGAAUAUGGGUGGUAAUCGAUUUCAUGGUAGCAUACCGUCUCAAGUGGGAAGUUGUUCGAGUCUCGAGAGACUGAUUCUCGGGAAGAAUAACUUCACUGGGGUUCUUCCCGAGUUUGCAAUGAAUUCAAAGCUUUUGUUCUUGGAUAUCAGAAUGAACAGAUUAUCAGGAGCUAUUCCAGCAAGCUUGGGAAACUGUCACAACAUCAGUUCCAUUAAUCUUUCGAUGAACAUGUUAAGUGGGUUCAUUCCAAUAGAGCUUGGAAAGUUGACACUCCUUCAAAGCUUGAGUCUUUCACACAACAAUUUGGUGGGGUCUUUGCCAUCUCAGCUUUCGGCUUGUACUCAGUUGAGUGUGUUCGAUGUUGGAUUCAAUUCGUUGAACGGUUUCAUUCCAUCGAGUUUUAAGAGCUGGACAGGGCUAUUCACUUUGACAUUAAGUGAAAAUCGUUUCACUGGCGGUAUUCCAAAGUUCUUGUCUGAAUUUAAAAAGCUUUCAGUACUAGAACUCGGUGGAAAUCGUCUCGGGGGAGAGAUUCCUUCUGUUCUUGGAGCAUUCGAAAAUCCAUUUUACUCGUUGAACCUCAGCAAUAACGGUUUGACAGGAGAACUUCCAUCAGAAAUAGGAAAAAUGAGGCUUGAAAAUUUCGAUAUAUCUCAUAACAACUUGACAGGAAGUUUAACAGCUCUUCAAAACAUGGUUUCAUUGCUCAAACUCGAUAUCUCAUACAACGAUUUCACCGGUGAAGUCCCACAAAAUUUGAUGAAGCUGCUGCAAUCCUCUCCAACUUCAUUUGCAGGCAAUUCAGGUCUUUGUGCUCGUUGUCUCGAAUCAAACAUCUCAACUUGCAACCGAAACAACAUUUUACAGCUUUGUGAGUCUCAAUCAAGCAAAAGAAAUAGCUUAAGCAUUGUAGAAAUAGCAAUGAUUUCGCUUGGCUCGGUUGUUGGUUUUGUUAUGUUAGGAUUGUCUUGCUUGUUUUUCUUAUGCAAAAGGCGAUCGAAGCAGCAAACAACAAGGAUCUCUUCACCAGGACCAUCUUCAUUACUAACCCGAGUAAUGGAAGCCACAGAAAAUCUAAGUGACAAGUACAUAAUAGGCAGAGGAGCACAUGGAACUGUUUACAAAGCUUCAAUGAGUUCAGAUGAAGUUUUCGCUGCAAAGAAGCUUCUCAAUGUUGGUUACAAAGAAGGAAGUGUUGGUAUGGUUAGAGAAACCGAAACACUAGGGAAAAUCAGACACCGAAAUCUUGUUAAAAUCGAAGAUUUCUGGUUAAGAAAAGACUAUGGCUUGAUACUCUAUCGGUACAUGGAAAAUGGUAGCCUUUAUGAUGUUUUACACGAAAACAAGCCACCGGUCGCUCUAAACUGGAGCGUUCGUUAUAACAUAGCGGUUGGAACUGCACAUGGAUUGGCUUAUCUUCAUUUCGACUGUGAUCCUGUCAUUGUUCAUCGCGAUAUCAAACCGAGCAACAUACUUUUGGAUGCUGAUAUGGAGCCACAUAUUGCUGAUUUUGGUAUUGCCAAGCUUUUGGAUAAGCCUUCAAACUUAGCAACAGCUUCCAUUUCAAUUGCUGGUACCAUUGGCUACAUUGCACCAGAAAAUGCAUACACAAGGAGCAAGAGCAUGGAAUCAGAUGUAUACAGUUAUGGGGUAGUUUUGCUCGAGAUUUUAACCCGAAAACAGGCAUUGGAUCCAUGUUUUCGAGAAGAAACCGACAUUGUAGGUUGGGUUAGAGAGUUAUGGAGCAAAGGUGGAAAAGAAAUGGUGAAUGAGAUAAUUGAUCCAAGCCUUGAGAAGGAAGUUUUUGAUAAUGAUUUGGGUAUUAAAGAACAAGUGAUUGAAGUUCUUAUGGUGGCUUUGAGAUGCACUGAAUAUGAUCCUAACAAGAGACCUUCAAUGAGAGAUGUUGUCAAGCAACUCUUAGAUGUCAAUUCGCGCCGAACACAAAGCUUGAAAAUUUAGCCUAAGUUUAUUUUUCAGUAACAAUCAAAUAUUAAGUUUUUUUUUUGUAUGACAUUAAUAUCUUUUGUUAGACUUUUAGAACUUCUGUAAGUAUUUGACUGUUAUCAAACUCUGCCAGAAGAUAUUAAUGUCAUCAAGGAAAAAAAUUUAAGUAUUAUGACUGCAAUUGCAAAAUAGGUUUUUUUGGGUUUUUUUUUUUUGGUCUCGUUCUAUUGUGGAGUAAUUUAUAGUAUUGUUGAAGUAAUCGAGAAAUAAUAUUAUCUCGAUAAUACUAUUCUGGAGAUUGGUGUUGUAGUUGGAGUAUAAUUGGGUUUUAUAUAUAAUGUAAUAAUGUUUCUAAUUGUAUUAGUAACUAAUUUUGUUUAAGCAAAUGAUUAAUCAUACCUCUUCUUUCCCCAA